CGGAAAUGCAGACGCCUGGCAGUAUGACGCUGAGACGGUGACAGGCUGGCCGGUUUGCGGAUGUGAAUCUUUGAGACUAGUCUCUAAUUACCCGGGCGGAGGUGUCUGUUGCUCUGAGGACCAUGUCUGGCAGCUUCUAUUUUGUGAUUGUGGGACAUCAUGACAAUCCAGUGUUUGAGAUGGAAUUUCUGCCUCCAGGAAGAACAGAAUCCAAGGACGAUCAUCGCCAUCUGAACCAGUUUAUCGCACAUGCUGCACUGGACCUUGUGGAUGAGAACAUGUGGCUGUCCAACAACAUGUACCUCAAGACGGUGGACAAGUUCAAUGAGUGGUUUGUCUCUGCAUUUGUGACCGCUGGACAUAUGAGAUUUAUUAUGCUGCAUGAUGUGCGACAAGAAGAUGGAAUUAAAAACUUCUUCAAUGAAGCCUAUGACCUGUACAUUAAGUUUGCCCUGAAUCCAUUUUAUGAAUCUAAUACUCCAAUACGAUCCACUGCGUUUGACCGUAAAAUACAGUUCCUUGGCAAGAAGCAUUUACUGAGCUGAAUGAAAGGGGAUAUGCUGGAGCAAGAGCGUCUGAUCUCGCGAAUGUUACAGCCUGUGGUGGGUGGAAAGUCUUUCCUCAGGAUAGGUCCUCAAUAUCAGCUCUUCGGGGGGCAGACUGCCGGCACCGCCACCGAUCAUCUAUUUGCACAGCACUGUCCGUUUGAUAUUACAGCUUGGCCUCUUUCACUUGAAUGGGACUGAGCUGUGCCCACCAGAGGGCUGUGACCUCUCCAAAUAGCCAAUUGGCAGGGGUCCUGGGUGUCAUACCCUCGCUAAUCUGAUAUUGAUCCUGAGGAUAGGUGAUAAAUAUCAGAAAACCCUUUUAAGAGGACUUUUAUCACUGGGGAAAUCGGCCUAUUUACUGUUACUUCCAGCGCUCAAUAUGCAAAGGUGGUUGUGUUUUAGUCUAGGAGGUGGUCCCUGGGUGGGGGGGAGGGGAUCUUCAUUGAUGUGAUUGACUGCAUCGAUUGGAAAGUGUCAAAGCAGUGACUAUCACCUCCUUGGAUAAACAGAGCCAUCUUUUGCAUUUCAGGCCAAGUAACUACUGCCCCUGAGAAUUUAGGAAACGGGGCUGGUGAUUACUGAAGGGAGCAGUACAGAUUGAGGGAGGUCGGUCUUUGCUGGAUUACUGGAUGUAGAUAUGAAUUGAUUAAAGCCAUGUAUAUAAUCCAUCAUUAGAGACCCGUGUCAGUAUUGUAACUGUCAUUUGUAGAUGGGUCCUGUGAUCAGUUAUUUAUCUUCCUUCUGUAGGAAUUGUUGGUGAACAUACAGAAGAGAUUGCUAUAAAAUCGUCAGAACGUCUUACAGACAA